AUGGCCGAGCUCAGAGCUCCGUCGUCGCUGUCGACCGAACGCAACGGGUCAGCAUCAAACACGGAUGUCGACAAGCAAAAGCUUAAUCAAUUGUCCCAGAAUGGAACCAAAAAGACAGGGUCUGCAGAGUCUCGGAUGCUUGUGCUGGCGGAGACGAUCCGAGCUGAGACCCAGAAGCUGCACGCCUAUCUCGAGUCCAACGGUAUAGCUCAACCAGACCUCAGCGUUGAUGCACCGGACGACUUCCCAACUUUACCCAAUGAGAUUCAAGAAAGCAGACAAAAGAUCUUUCUCGCUUCUCGGGAACUUACCGAUAUUGUCAGGGGUCCUCGUGAAACUGUGCGAUAUGCCGUUUGGAGUUAUCUGGAUACCUUGAGCCUGCAACUCAUCAACAGCUAUGGAAUUGCCAAGCUCGUCCCCCUGGAUGCUCCCAUCAAGCUGACCGAGCUGCAAUCCAAGACUCCGCUGGAGCCUGUCCAUCUUGCCCGUGCUUUGCGCCACGCAAUGACCAACAAUAUAUUCCGCGAGCCGUCCCCGGGAUACAUCGCCCAUACCUCAAGUUCACGGAUACUAGCACAGGAUCCCGCUCUUCAGGCCUGGGUUGGCUUCAAUUCGGAAGACGUCUUUCCUGCUGCCGGUCAUGUGCUGCAAGCCUUGAGGGACCAUCCGCAGGCAAUCUCUAGUACACAUGCAGGGUUCAACUAUGCUUUCAACACGGUUGGCCAAGAACCUAUGUUUGCAACCCUUGGCAAAGAUCUGGCCAGAGCUAAGCGAUUCGCCCAAGCGAUGCACAGCUUUUCCCAUGGAGAGGGCUACAAAGUAAGUUACUUUGUGGACAACUAUGACCUUUCCGAAGUCGAUAAGCGCGGGGGCACAUUCGUCGAUAUUGGCGGUAGUCAUGGCUUCGUAUCCGUGGAGCUGGCCAAACGGUGGAAGAACAUGAAGUUCAUCGUGGAAGAUCUGCCAAAAACCAUAGAGUCUGCUCCACAACCCAUCUCCGAUGACAAAACUGUGGCAGACAGAAUCUCAUUACAAGCCCAUGAUUUCUUCCAGGAGCAACCGGUGAAGGGUGCCGAUGUCUACUUCUUUCGGUGGAUUAUUCACAAUCACGCCAAGCCAUACGCCGUUUCCAUUCUUCGGAAUCUCAUCCCCGCACUCAAGCCGGGAGCUCGCGUCAUCAUCAACGAUUACUGUAUCCGUGAGGCUGGAUCGGAGAAUGCAUGGGAUGAGAAGCUCUUGAGGAACAUGGACAUGAUUAUGGGGGCGAUCUUGAACGCACAGGAGCGAGAAGAAUGGGAGUUUCGCGAGUUGUUUGAAGCAGCCGACCCUAGGUUCAAGUUCAAGGGAGUCCAGAGAGUUGAGAAUUGCAAGAUGAGCGUCAUUGAGGCAGUUUGGGAUGAGUAA